GGCCUACUACAGUCUCAAACAUACCCUAAACAUUGCAUAUGAAAUGAGAUGCUUCUACCUGUAACAGUGCUAACAUUACAUUUGAAAUUCAUAUUUGUACAGACUGGAGCUGGAAAAACUUAUAGCAUGGAGGGGCCAAGCAUCUUGCACUGCAAUGAGCUGAAAACUGGACUGGUUCUGCGAGUUGUAAAUGGUCUUUUUGAUUGUUUAAGAACAUCAGAAAACAUUACUACUUGGACUGUGAAGUUGUCAAUGGUGGAGAUAUAUUUGGAAAAAGUAAGGUGAGAAUCUGCUUGAUGUUUGCGUAUGAAUCCUGUGUAGAGUUUCUGUUGUAACAAAAUCCUAACUUUAGUUUGGCAGUUACACAAAUAUA